UCCCAAGACACUCAGUACCUCCGCCGCAUUAACAAGUCUAUCAAUAUGGCCCCCAAGAAGGACGAGAAGCCCGCGACCGCCGAGGCCGGCGCCGAGGCCCCUGCCAAGGCUGAGGCCAAGCCCAAGGCCGAGAAGGCCGCCAAGAAGGCCAAGAAGGAGCCCUCCAAGAAGGCUGCCAAGGAGCCCAAGGGCGACGGCGAGAAGAAGGACAAGAAGAAGAAGAAGAGCGCCGUGGAGACCUACAAGCUGUACAUCUACAAGGUGCUCAAGCAGGUGCACCCCGACACCGGCAUCAGCAGCAAGGCCAUGUCCAUCAUGAACAGCUUCAUCAACGACAUCUUUGAGAAGGUGGCCACCGAGGCCUCCAAGCUGAGCCGGUACAACAAGAAGCCCACCGUGACCUCCCGCGAGAUCCAGACCGCCGUGCGCCUGGUGCUGCCCGGCGAGCUGGCCAAGCACGCGGUGUCGGAGGGCACCAAGGCCGUGACCAAGUUCACCUCGGGCUAAGCGCGCUCAGAGGCUGGACCUUGUCUUCUACCCCAUACAUAAACUCGGUGUUUUUCAACACCACCUUCACACGGGACGUACUGUAGGGUUGCAGCAGCUGGCGUGGGGAGCGGGUGAGCGGCACUAGCGAGUACUGAGCAGGGAAGGGACGUUGAAACGGGGGAGGGCUGCACGAGUGCCUGCGCUUUACAGCACUGCUGGCCAGCGGACCUUCACAUGGGAUGUACUGUAGGGUUGCAGCAGCUAGCGUGGGGAGCGAUUAAGCGGCACUAGCGAGUACUGAGCAGGGAAGGGACGUUGAAACGGGGGAGGGCUGCACGAGUGCCUGCGCUUUACAGCACUGGUGGCCAGCGGACCGGGGUGCGGAUUGGCCGGGCCAGGCAGAAACCAGCACUGGACCGAUACAGGUACCGGUAUGGGCCGAUACAGGUACCGGUAUGUAAGGGCAGCAGGCGUGGGUGUGGGGUGGGGAUGUGAGGUACACGCCUUUAGUUGGCAGCGAUAGCAUUCCGAGUACCUUAUUGUAAGACAAGCCAAAA